UACCAUCCCACAUUGAGCAAUCACUUUCGUGGAGGCGUAGCGUUGAACAGAUUGGUUUGCAAAUUCCACCCCUAAAAUAGAAAGACCAAAAUAAAUUUUUUAAUACCCUUUAUUCAACGCUAGCUGCCUCUUAUGUUUAAGCCAAGUAUUUGUUACUAGUUUGGCUGUUAUUUAUAAUAUAUACAUACCAAUAUGUACAACGAAGACGAGGAAAUGGAGACAAACGAGACCAACAAUGAUGUGUUAGAAAGUGAGGAGAGGGAUGCUAAAUCCCCAAGUGAGGACAGGGACUGCAAGUCUCCCACUGAAGCCUCUUAUGGUGAUGAUGAAUCGAAAGAGGAGGAAGAACCAAGAAGACGGAGAACAAGGCGUAAUGUAAGAGUUGAAGAAGGGGAUGAAGAUGAUGUCAUCGAGAAGAAAGGCACCAGGCGUGUGACGCGUCAGUCGUCCUCUGAAGAUGAUUUUACAAGUUCAAGAACAAGAACUUCAAGUGGCACCAAAACAAGCACUGGUCGAAGAAAGGUCUCCUCCUCGGAAGAUGAAGUUGCUGCUACAACGGCAAGACGCAAGGUUAGUGUAAAAGAUCAAACAAAAUCUUUUGAAGGACACUCGUCAGGCUCAGACCACGCCGUCACGUCAUCAACAACAAAACGUUCGUCAUUUACCAACCGACGUGCCAAUACUGUUGCAACAAGUAGUGAAGUGACUUCAAAAAGAGAAUCAUUCAGCAAGGACCGUGCUACAUCAGUCGAAACAGAAACCUCACCAAGACGGCUGUCUAGGCGUGAGUCAUCAGAACGUCCAGCAUGGUCCUCCUCCACAAAAGUUGAUCACGGUCGCGUUGAAGCGCACACAAUGAGCAGAAAAGAAUCAACCACCCAGAGUGAGAGCGACGAGCCGAAAUCGGCAGCGCAAUUACGAGCUCGUUUCGAACAGAAAGGGAGAGCGAACUCAAAAGAUGGUCAUAAUAAAACAAGAGCGGUUGGAGGAUCAACAGGAGCUGCAGCUUUAAAGGCACGUUUCGAGUCUCAAGGAACGUCGUCAUACAAAAGAAGGACCAGCUCGUCAUCGGGAAGAGACAGAAAUAUGUCGACAGAUGACGAAGAUGGAGGCGGACACAAGAAAAUGUCUACGCUGUCACUGAAAGCACGCUUUGAAGCGAAGGCUGCUGACAACGCUCCGGUGAAGAGGAAUUUUAUCAUCAACAAAAACCGCACAAGUUCGGCAGCACGAAAGUUCAACAAUGCUGCUCCCGCAUCGAACAAAUGUGCUGUGUGUAACAAGACAGUCUAUCCAAUGGAGAAGUUGGAAGCCAACAGUAUCGUGUACCAUAAGUUUUGUUUCAAAUGCACCACAUGUAAUCGAACUGUUGGGUUAGGUAGCUAUGCUGCGUUGCAGGGUAAAAUUUAUUGCAAACCGCAUUUGAAACAGCUCUUCAAAUUAAAGGGCAAUUACGAUGAAGGUUUCGGCCGUGCACAGCGUAAAACUGAUUGGAUAAAAAAGGACGAAUCGGUUGAUAUCGCCGAAGAGAAAGAAGACGCCAUCCUUGAACAGUCGGACAAACAAAAUGUUGUGGUCAAUGGUGACGAGAUGCACGAUGAUUAAGCGUGACCAUAGAUAUAUUUUAUUAAUUAUUUUGUUUCAACAUCUGUUGAGAGACUAAUCCUAAUGUGAUGUCAUUGACGUGACAAGCUCAUACGUUAAUGACACAUGGGCGCUGCAAAUUGAAAAUGUGACGUCAGACACAUGUAUAUCGUUAGGGCUGUGGUUCCGUCUAUAGUAAAUUGGUUGUACGUUGGACCGAAAAAUUAUAUAUAUAAUUAUAUAAUAAAUAGCCCCUAAACAUAGUAAAGUAUCAAAUCGCUACAUUUUAAAUAACUUUUGUAAUAGUGUGUCUGGGUUUCUUUAUUAAUUUUAAGUGCUCCUGAAGCCAACAUGAGCCGGAUUGUUUUUUUCAACAACCGGACUAGAGAGUCAGCCGUAUAAUCUUUCUUUUGAGUCUGUGUGUAACAUGGCGUAUAUUUCUCAGAGAGAAUUUUUAACAACGUAAAGAACUAGUUUUUGUUUAGUGUUGUCUAUUAUGUUGCAGCUGUUACAGCCUUAGGUGAUUAUAUAUAUUAAUUGAUGCAAAAAUAUUACUACUUUGAAUAUAGGAACCAAUUGGGUGAAGUUUAUGAGCGAACUUUGCAAGUAUUAAAGAAAAGUUUUUGUUGCGAGAGGUAAUUGUCAUAGAUAAAAUCUUGAGUACUGAAAUUAACCAUGGUAAGUCUGUCAACGUAUCCAUGGUCAACAGCACUAAAAAUGUGAAAGAGUUUGAAAAAGAAGCUUAAGUUUUUACGUGCUUUUUUGUCUAUGGUUGUAUAUGUUUUUUAAAGCGUUUAAAUGUUUGCUUUGUGAGAAUCUGAUCAUUUCUUGAGCGAGGUAUUGUGAUGUGUAAGUUCGCCAUAAUGUAUACGCACCUUUACUUAAUUAAAGCUUACUUUACUCUUGAACAUUUUUUGGGAGUAAAAAGUUUGUAGUAUAAAUCUACCUGUAGAAAUUUGUACCAUUCUAGCAUUUUUUAAGAGUUCAAAGUUUGCAUGUUUGUUUAUUAAACUGUUUUUGUGCAACCAAAAUUCAUAAUGUAAUUUUAGGCGCGUGAUUUCGUGAGAAGAGAAUCGGAAAUGUUGGGGCAAUUCUAGGCAUAAUUGAUUGCACCCAUGUUCAGCCUGCAAUAAAGUAAAAGUUAAAUAAACCCCCUGACUUUUUUAUAUUUUGACUUUUAGAUUUCUUUCUGUUACUCUAUUGAUAAGUUACCUUUUCCUAUAAUACAAGCUUUGAACUAGAUGUUGCCAGUGAGAUUUAGGUUUCGGAGCUUAUCUAACAGUGGUGUGAUGCCUCCUACUGCUGAUAUAGCCAUGUUAUAAUUAGCUUGCUAAAUAUUUAAAUUAUGUUGAUUAGUUUAUAGUGAUUUUAACUUGAUUUUUCUUUUAUGUUGUAAAACUAAAUUGUUUUUUUGUUUGUUUUAAAAAUGGUGCUUUUAAUAGUUUUUUUAGUAUUUUUCAAUGAUGGAAACAAGAAAAUAAAUGCGAUGUUUUUACGUAAA